AUGGAGACCGCGCACCUCGAACACGUCCUCGACCACACCAAGAACUCUGACUUCAUGGACGCCGCCGCCUUCGGCAACUACGACCCGCUCAACAGCCUCGACUACCUGCAGUACCCGCACUCUCCCUUUGGCGUCUCCUCCAUGGGUCUGCCAGUGACGGGAUCCCCGCGCAUUGGGUUCAACUCGCUCAACCUCUCCAACAGCUUGAACGAGUACACCUACGGCUCCAGCCAGUCGUACAGCACAGGCUCCCCCGCCGCCAUCUACCCCGGCGCGCUCUCCAACCUCAGUGCCGGUGAGCUGUCGUCCGACAGCCUCGCGUCUGGCCGGAGUCGCCGCGGUAGCGGCACCCAGUCGCCCGGUCCCUCUGUGCCCCCAGGCUCCCUCGCUGCGGUCCCCCGCUCACAUCGCUUCAACCCGCUCGCUGCCGCCGCCGUCACGCGUUCCUCCGCGCGCCAGCAGAAGAAGCGGUCGAAGGCCUCCGACGAGUUUGCGAGCGAUGACGAGGACGUCGACUUUAACCCCGGCAAUGUCGCGAACAACGAGAUGCGUCGGGAGGAGAUCCGCCGCCAGCGCAUCGAGUCGGAGCAGCGGAGACGGGACGAGCUCCGCGACGGGUACCGCCGGCUCAAGGAUGCCCUGCCGGUGUCCAACCAGAAGUCCAGCAAAGUGUCGCUCUUGGACCGAGGCGAGUCCACCACGCACAUCCGCUAUCUCGAGAUGACCCAGCAGCAGCUCCAGACGAGACUCCAGCAGGCAGAGGCCGAGACCGCACGUCUCCGGCACGUCAACGAGGCUCUCAUGCUCGGCACCGCCGAGCAGCGUCACGCUGCCGCCGCCGCCGCGACUGCUGCCGCACAGCAGGCCGCUCCCCAAGCGCAAAACUUCUGA